CUUCGGGUAAAGGUGGUAUUGAUAAAUCUACAUUAGCUAUAAAUCUUGCAUUGGCAAUUGCAUCUUUCCGUCAUCGCGUGGGUAUCCUAGAUGCAGAUAUAUUUGGACCUUCUAUACCUCGUUUAUUAAAUAUUAAAGUAGAACCUCAAACGAAUGAACAAGGAAAUUUGAUUCCGCUUGUAAACUAUGGUGUGAAAGCAAUGUCUAUGGGGUUCAUCAUAGGUGAAGAUUCGCCAGUUGUCUGGAGAGGACUUAUGGAAAAUGAUGAAAGCACUUCAGCAAUUACUUCAUCAGGUAUUGUAAUUGUAUCUACACCACAAGACAUAGCACUUGUAGAUGCAAGAAAAGGUGCCAAUAU